AUGCAUGGAGGUGUGGUUGGUGCAGGUGGAGUGAAGUCAGUAUCAGUGAUGGAGGGAGAUUCUGUUACUCUACACACUGAUGAUCCUGAUAUGCAGAAGUAUGAUGUGAUACGGUGGAGGUUUCAACAUAAAAACUCUCCUAUAGCUGAAAUCAACAGAACGGCUGGGAUCUUCUCUACAUAUGAUAAUGUUCUUGAUGGGAGAUUCAAAGACAAACUGCAGCUGAAUAUUCAGACUGGAUCUCUUGACAUCAGAAACAUCAGAACCAAACACUCUGGACUUUAUCAAGUAGACAUCAUCAGCACCAGCAGCAAUUAUACCAUACAUCAAUCAUUCAAUGUAACUCUCAGUGAUAAAGUGAAGCCAGUGUCGGUGAUUGUGGGAGAUCCUGUUACUCUACAGACUCAUGUUACUGAACUACAGAAGGAUGAUCUGAUAGAGUGGUGGUUUGUACAUGAUGACUCUCUGAUAGCUCAACUAUAUAAACUAAACAAACUAUCCAGAACGUAUGACGGUGAGGAAGGGAAGUUCAGAGGCAGACUGAAGCUGAAUGAUCAGACUGGAGAUCUCACAAUCACUGACAGCAAAACUGAACAUACUGGACUUUAUGAGGUAAAGAUGAGCGAAAGAAGACGAUCCAUUCAGAGGAGAUUCAGUGUUCAUGUCAGUGAGCCAAGUCUGUCUUCAGGUGAAAAAGCAGGAAUAUCUAUUUUAAUAUCUGUUAUCAUCCUCCUGCUUAUUCCUGCUGCUGUUGCUGCUGCUGCUGCGAUUUAUUUUCACUUUAAGGAUAAACGAGUGCUAGUGGAUAAGGGGAAAUCUCUUCCUCUGAAGACUGAAGAUAACGACAUACAGGAAGUGGAGAAGAUAGAGUGGACAUUUAUCCCUGGAGAACCCACGGGUCAAAUUUGGCCAAUGUUCAUUGAUGCUAUGAAAAGGGUUCUUAGGUUUUUCAGGCUUAAUGAAACUCUCAUAGCUGAAAUCAAUUUUGUCAACAGUAUCUUCAGUACAUCUAAUGAUGAUCUAUUCAGAGAUAAACUGAAGCUGAAUCCUCAGACUGGAGAUCUCACCAUCAAUGACAUCAGAGAGGAACACACUGGAGUUUAUAUACUGAAGAUCACCAGAGGUGGAAAAACCACAGAGAAGAGAUUCAUUGUGUCUGUCAGAGGUGAGUAA